AUGGAGCCCGGUGGGCUGGCAGAUGCUCAUUUUGUGACACCUCUUCAGGAAGAGGUUUACAACAGUACUUUCGCUUCCAUUAAUGCAACUGAACCUGCUGAUUCUUCAGAGUUUGAAAGAUACGUGCGCAUUAUUGUGCCCAGUAUCUUCGGGUUCAUCUGCGUGCUGGGUGUGUUCGGUAAUUUACUUGUGAUCAUUGUAGUUCUGAAGGACAAGCACAUGAGAAACACCACCAACAUCUUGAUACUGUCGCUGGCUGUAGCAGAUCUGCUGUUCCUACUCUUCUGUGUACCCUUUACGGCAACGGGUUACGCGUUAACUGUUUUGCCAUUCGGGGCUGUGGUAUGUAAAGUGACUACAUACCUAAUGUAUGUCUGUGCGUACGCCAGUGUGUACACGCUAGCUAUAAUGUCCCUGGAUCGGUAUCUGGCUGUGGCACACGCUAUUCGCUCCAUGACCUGGCGUUCAGAACGGAACACCUGGUUGGCUGUGGCUAUAAUUUGGUUCAUUACUCUCUGCGGUAACAUCCCAAUUAUUCUCCAAUGGGAUGUCCAUUACUACAAAUGGGGUGAGAAAGAAAAUCGAUCUGCGUGUAUUCAGUUUUCGGAACUAACUGACCCCACCAGCGGUAAGACAUUUUUCGGCUGCUUUCUACUCUUUGGAUACAUCAUUCCCCUAGGGGUCACUAUGCUGCUGUAUGGACUAAUGCUGAAACGUCUUUUGUACGGAGUAGUUCCUGGAGGUGGCAACCAGUCGGCUGAGAGCAUGAGAGCCAAGAAACGUGUCACUAGAAUGGUCAUAAUUGUCGUGGUUAUAUUUGCCAUCUGUUGGCUGCCAAUCCAGAUCAUACUGUUCUGGCAGAAACUAGGCUUCUACCCACAGACUAUCACCAACGUCAGCAUCAUGAUGGCUGCUAACUGUCUAGCCUAUAUGAAUAGCUGCGUCAAUCCAAUCCUGUACGCUUUCCUAUCAGGCAACUUUCGGCGCAGCUUCCGCAAGUUCCUGUGCUGCUCGGAAACCCCACGUCGUCUGGAGUAUGAACGCACGAACAUCCGCUCUAAUGUAAAUGACAAAGAAUCAAAUGUCACUAAGAGCACCUGUGUGAAUAAUUCGAAGACAUACACAGCCGUGUAA